AGGCGCGCUCACCAAACUCGCGAUAACGAGACCAAAAAUAAGUGCUGCACGCAUCAGGGGGUUCAGAGCCGCAUUGCUCUGACAGCGGCGAUUGCUGUCGCCCGCGCGCGCUCGACAGACUGCCAUACCACACCCAGCAUCAAACUACAGUAAUCACCGCGCGCCGACGCCGCGAAGCGAUACGAGUCGCACGCCUGCUCAGAACAAGCCGAAGCCACCAUCCCAGCACGCGCGCGAAGCAAUAACAUGUCGUCGCCGCGCAGCGUCAUAGCCCAGGCCGCGACCGAAAAAAGACACGCGACGUGGCAAGAAACCCUACAGCAAGCGAAGAAGAAGCACCGCCCGAAACUCGCCGACUGGACCCGCGACGGCUUCGCGACGCGGCGGCGCACCGAGGUUGAAAGACUUGACGCGGUCCCCAAGUGCGCUUCACCAAUAACGCGCGUCGACGCGGGCAUCGCGCCCGCCGACUUCGCGACGCGCUUCGAGCGUCGAAGCGAGCCUUGUUUAGUGACGAACGUGCCCGAGCGAGAAGGCUGGGCGCUCCGGAACUGGACAUCAAUAAACGGACGACCUACGAACCGCGGCGACCUCGACGUAUUCCGGAUGAAGGUCGGGGAGGACGACGACGGGAAGACGGUCCGCGUUUCACUGAGAGACUUUGUGAGCUAUGCGCGGUUCAACCGGGACGAUAGUCCGCUGUACGUCUUCGACCAGGCCUUCUGCGAGAAGCACGGCCGGGAUUUCUACAGCAUACCGAAAUUCUGCGCGAGGGACGACCUCUUCGAGCUCGUGGGUGAAAACAGAAGGCCGCCGUACCAGUGGUUUCUCCUGGGACCGCAGCGGAGCGGCACGUGCGUCCACAUCGAUCCGCUCGGCACGGCGGCCUGGAACACGCUCCUCGCGGGGCGGAAGCGCUGGGUCCUCUUCGAGCCCGGCACGUCCAAGAAAGUCGCGACGGGGUCGCACUUAGUCAAGGCGGGCGAGGACGACGAGGCCGUGAACUACUUCGUGGACAUCCUGCCAAGGAUCAGACAAACGUACCCCCACGCGCGGCGCAUCGAGGUCGUGCAGCGGCCCGGGGAUACAUUAUAUGUGCCGGCAGGGUGGUGGCACGCGGUUCUCAACUUGGACGACACGGUCGCCGUGACGCAGAACUUCGUGUCUCGAAGUUCGUUCGACGGCGCCUGGGACCGGACGCGGUCCGGUCGCAAGGGCAUGGCGCGUGCGUGGCUGGCGAAGCUCGAAGCGUCGGACGACCCGGAGCUCCGGGCGCUGGCCGCCCGGGCGAGGCUGCAGCCGCCGGUGCCCCGCAUUGUCUAAGAAGCUUUGUUUGUGA